CUGUCCUCUCUGUUUCCUGCGCUCAAUGCCACGUAAUUAGCGGCAGACACAAAAUUCAAGCAACACUUCAGACAGUUAAAGGUGAAAGAAGAUCCGCCGCGCUAACAGUCUCCCAGGCUUCCAUCACGUUAUUAUUAAUAAUUGGCACGUUUGGAAGUGAUCCGAGAUGCUGAAGUUGUUGAUUGUGUGCGCACUGGCUGCUAUGAGCACGGCUGAUAUCGCCGAGGAGGAGGACGUGCUCGUACUCAAGAAAAGUAACUUCGAGGAGGCGCUCAAAACUUACCCAAAUAUCCUUGUUGAGUUUUAUGCACCAUGGUGUGGGCACUGCAAAGCCCUGGCCCCCGAAUAUGCCAAAGCAGCUGGUAUGCUGAAAGCUGAAGGCUCAGACAUCAAACUAGCAAAGGUGGAUGCAACGGAGGAAUCUGAGCUCGCUCAGGAGUUUGGUGUUCGUGGAUAUCCCACCAUCAAGUUCUUCAAGAGAGGAGAGAAGGAGAACCCCAAGGAGUAUUCUGCUGGCCGACAGGCUGAUGACAUCGUCAACUGGCUGAAAAAGCGAACUGGCCCUGCAGCUACUACUUUAACUGAUGUGACCCAGGCAGAGUCUCUUAUUGCUGAUAAUGAGGUUGCAGUCAUUGGGUUCUUUAAGGAUGUUGAAUCAGAAAAUGCCAAGGCCUUCAUUAAAACCGCAGAGGCUGUGGAUGACAUUCCCUUUGGCAUCAUCUCUGAUGAUGCAGGCUUUUCAAAGUUUGAAGUGGCCAAAGAUGGUGUUGUUCUUUUUAAGAAGUUUGAUGAGGGUCGCAAUGCAUUUGAUGGAGAGGUCAGCAAAGAAAAGCUACUGACCUUUAUCAGAUCCAACCAACUUCCCCUGGUCAUUGAGUUUACAGAGCAGACUGCUCCAAAAAUAUUUGGAGGUGUCAUCAAGUCCCACAUCCUAAUGUUUGUUCCCAAAACAGCCAAAGACUUCCAGGAUAAGAUGGACCAAUUUAAGAAGGCAGCUGAGGGUUUCAAAGGCAAAAUUCUCUUCAUCUUUAUUGACAGUGAUGUGGAUGAUAAUCAGCGAAUUCUGGAAUUCUUUGGUCUUAAGAAGGAAGCAUGCCCAGCAAUCCGCCUCAUUACCCUAGAGGAAGAGAUGACCAAAUAUAAACCAGAAACCUCAGAAAUCACAGCAGAGAACAUAAUCACCUUUUGCACCGCCUUCACAGAGGGAAAACUUAAGCCUCAUUUGAUGAGUCAGGACAUUCCUGAUGACUGGGAUAAGAACCCGGUCAAGGUCCUGGUGGGCAAAAACUUUGAAGAGGUUGCCUUCGACCCUGCUAAGAAUGUGUUUGUAGAGUUUUAUGCCCCAUGGUGUGGCCACUGUAAACAGCUGGCCCCCAUCUGGGAUCAAUUGGGUGAGAAAUUCAAAGACAACGCAAACAUUGUUGUGGCCAAGAUGGACUCCACAGCCAAUGAGAUUGAAAGUGUCAAAGUGCAUAGCUUCCCCACGCUCAAGUUCUUCCCUGCUGGUGAUGACCGUAAGGUAAUUGACUACAAUGGUGAUAGAACGCUAGAUGGAUUCACAAAGUUUUUGGAGAGUGGAGGAAAAGAAGGUGGGGCACCAGCAGAUGAGGAGGAGGAUGAAGAUUCUGAUGAUCUGGAUCUUGAUGAUGCAGAAGAGGAUGAUUCAGAUGUGGAUGAGGGACACGAUGAGUUAUAAGAGUCAUGAAGAAAAGGCGAGACAAACCCCUUCACCACCACCUCCAAUUUAAACCUCCCUGUCUACGAACACUAAAGCUUUUCUGAACUAAUCCUAACUGAACAGCCACUGGGCAUUACAGGGUCUUUUAGCCAGCUGUCAUUACCAAUCCAGCCCAACCAUCUGCAGCCCAGAGAAUGCCUCUUUGCCCACAAAAACUUUUAUCUCUGAAUUUUUACUGUACAGUUUGUUUUUUGAAUUAAAAUGUAUUAGGUUUUUUAAGGUUUAAUUCCAAUGGUAAUCUGUUGAACUGCUCUUCAUACUUACCCACUACCUCCUUUUGUGAUCUGGAGGAUCAGUAUUAAGAUUUUGCAGUAUAAUUCUGGAAAUACUCUCCUGAUGAAGGAGGGGGAUAGCCAAUUAUUCUGCUUUAAUUCUUUGAUAUGAAUGAGUGGACAUUUCAGGGCAGAGGGACUGUAGGACUGUAGGUCAUUCCAUUUGGGUGGAA